UUCUCUUUAUUCAGAAGCAUAAAGUUGUUUGCUGAUUGCCAGAAGAUGUUUCUUUGGCUCUUUCUGAUUUUGUCAGCCUUGAUUUCUUCAACAAAUGCAGAUUCUGACAUAUCGGUGGAAAUUUGCAAUGUGUGCUCCUGCGUGUCAGUCGAGAAUGUGCUCUAUGUCAACUGUGAGAAGGUUUCUGUCUACAGACCAAACCAGCUGAAACCGCCCUGGUCUAAUUUUUAUCACCUCAACUUCCAAAACAAUUUUUUAAAUAUCCUCUAUCCGAAUACAUUCUUGAAUUUUUCACACGCAGUAUCCCUGCAGCUGGGAAAUAACAAACUACAGAACAUUGAGGGAGGAGCCUUCCUUGGGCUCAGUGCAUUAAAGCAGUUGCACUUGAACAACAAUGAAUUAAAGAUUCUCCGAGCUGACACUUUCCUUGGCAUAGAGAACUUGGAGUAUCUCCAGGCCGACUACAAUUUAAUCAAGUAUAUUGAGCGAGGAGCCUUCAAUAAACUCCACAAACUGAAAGUUCUCAUUCUUAAUGACAAUCUGAUUUCAUUCCUUCCUGAUAAUAUUUUCCGAUUCGCAUCUUUGACCCACCUAGAUAUCCGAGGGAACAGAAUCCAGAAGCUCCCCUAUAUCGGGGUCCUGGAACACAUAGGCCGCGUCGUCGAACUGCAGCUGGAGGACAAUCCUUGGAAUUGUAGCUGUGACUUGUUGCCUUUAAAAGCAUGGCUGGAGAAUAUGCCAUAUAACAUUUACAUAGGAGAAGCUAUCUGUGAAACGCCCAGUGACUUGUAUGGCAGGCUUUUAAAAGAGACCAACAAACAAGAAUUAUGCCCCAUGGGCACGGGCAGUGAUUUUGAUGUACGAAUCCUGCCUCCGUCUCAGCUGGAGAAUGGCUACACCACUCCCAAUGGCCACACGACCCAAACGUCCUUACACAGAUUAGUGACCAAACCGCCGAAAACAACAAACCCGUCCAAGAUCUCUGGGAUUGUGGCAGGCAAAUCCCUCUCCAACCGCAAUCUCAGUCAGAUCGUGUCUUACCAAACAAGGGUGCCUCCCCUGACGCCGUGCCCGGCCCCUUGCUUUUGCAAAACACAUCCCUCAGACUUGGGACUGAGUGUCAACUGCCAAGAGAAAAACAUACAGUCCAUGUCUGAACUGGUCCCGAAACCUUUAAAUGCCAAGAAGUUGCACGUCAAUGGCAAUAGCAUCAAAGAUGUGGACAUUUCAGACUUCGCCGAGUUUGAAGGACUGGAUUUGCUGCAUUUAGGCAGCAAUCAGAUUACCGUGAUCAAGGGAGAUGUAUUCCACAAUCUCACUAAUUUGCGCAGGCUGUAUCUCAAUGGCAAUCAGAUUGAAAGACUCUACCCUGAAAUUUUCUCAGGCCUUCAUAACCUGCAGUAUCUGUAUUUGGAGUACAAUCUGAUUAAGGAGAUCUCAGCGGGCACCUUCGACUCCAUGCCCAAUUUGCAGUUACUGUAUCUAAACAACAAUCUCUUAAAAAGCCUGCCCGUUUACAUUUUUUCGGGAGCGCCCCUGGCUAGACUGAACCUGCGGAACAACAAGUUCAUGUACUUGCCGGUCAGCGGGGUCCUCGAUCAGCUGCAGUCUCUGACACAGAUUGACUUGGAGGGCAACCCUUGGGACUGUACGUGUGACUUGGUGGCAUUGAAGCUGUGGCUGGAGAAGCUGAAUGACGGGAUUGUGGUGAAGGAACUAAAAUGUGAGACACCUGUCCAGUUUGCCAACAUUGAACUGAAGUCCCUCAAAAAUGAAAUCUUAUGUCCCAAACUCUUAAACAAGCCAUCUGCGCCAUUCACAAGCCCUGCACCUGCCAUGACGUUCACCACCCCGCUGGGUCCCAUUCGAAGUCCUCCUGGUGGCCCAGUACCUCUGUCUAUUCUAAUCUUAAGUAUCUUGGUGGUCCUCAUUUUAACGGUGUUUGUUGCUUUUUGCCUUCUUGUUUUCGUGCUGCGACGCAACAAGAAGCCCACGGUGAAGCACGAAGGCCUGGGGAACCCGGAUUGCGGCUCCAUGCAGCUGCAGCUCAGGAAGCACGAGCACAAGACCAAUAAAAAAGACGGACUGAGCACAGAAGCCUUCAUCCCACAAACCAUAGAACAGAUGAGCAAGAGCCACACCUGUGGUUUGAAAGAGUCUGAAACUGGCUUCAUGUUCUCAGACCCUCCGGGACAGAAAGUCAUGAUGAGGAAUGCGGCCGACAAGGAGAAAGAUUUGUUACAUGCGGACAGUAGGAAGAGACUGAGCACAAUCGACGAGCUGGAUGAAUUAUUCCCGAGCAGGGAUUCCAAUGUGUUUAUUCAGAAUUUUCUCGAAAGCAAAAAGGAGUACAACAGCAUAGGUGUCAGUGGCUUCGAGAUCCGCUAUCCGGAAAAACAACAAGACAAAAAAAACAAGAAGUCACUGAUAGGCGGCAACCACAGUAAAAUCAUUGUGGAGCAAAGGAAGGGCAGUGAGUAUUUUGAACUGAAGGCAAAACUCCAGAGUUCCCCCGACUACCUACAGGUCCUGGAGGAGCAGACAGCUUUGAACAAGAUCUAGGUCGUGCAAUCUCGCUUCAUACAGAGGACAUUUAUUUAAUGAUGAAAGUGCCUUUUGUUGACUCCUAACUUCCAAAUACUAUAUUAUCAAUAGGCAUAGAGGCAGGCGCUUCCAAGAGUGUCUCAUUAACUGUAGCUGCAAAAGAUGUGUCCAGUGGCAGAGAAUUUCCUUAAUAGAUUUUACUACAUAAAACCUAUACUGUGGAGUCCUGUGGGGAUACUGCAAACUCUAUUGCCAAAGGGAUGCUUUAUAUACAUAAAACACUGAAUUUAACCUCAAGAGGCAAAUCUGUUUUGUACCCCAAUGCAAAACCUUCGUCUCUUUGUGCUUUGUAAAGCAGACCCAAGAAAACUGGUACCAGUGUUCGUACCUCAGCUGGGUCCUUCAUCUUGCACGUAGAUUAAGUUGGUGGAACUGGAAAAAUCCUUUUGAUUUGUGGCAUUGUAACAACUCUGUGUAAAGAUUAUCUGAAAAGUAAAACACAAAAACAAAAAAACAAAAAAAAAACACACAAAAACCCAAAACAAAACAACAAAAAAAAAAGCAUGCAAAGAGAGAACAUUCGAUAGUAUUUGUAAAAUUGGUAAACUUUAUGGCCUGCAUCUUGAAACCGCUGGAUUUAUAAUGUUAAAUUGUGCAAAUAUUUCUUUAAAAUAUACCAUGCAUUACAUAAUUAUAAAAUAAAUUUGAACACUUUAAGCAUUACCUGUCUAUACAUAAAACCCAAAAGAAAAACAUCAACUUGAGUUCCAUAGCGUUUGUGGUGAUCUGAAGAAAUACAUGAUGUUUCUCAGAAUUAAACAAGGCUCAAAUUAAACUAACAUUAGAGUUUGUUCUCAGUUAUGUGAAAUACCCACAAUCCUUAAAGGUUGUCCAAAACUAGCAAAGUGCUUACCGUGUGAGCGCACCCAAAGCUAUUUUUGUAACAUAAUUCAUAUUUAUGAAGUACUUUGUAUACUAAAUAGGAAAAUAUGUACUCCUUAAUAUGUAUUUAAUAUGCCUGACUUGUUUUCCUGAUCACAGGGAAUUUAUCAGUAAGUAUAAAUUUAGACAGGAAAAAUAUACCAAACUGAAACCGAAGCUUACGUGUACAGAAAUAUUCUGGACAUUGUGAUCAGGUAUCAUUUAAAGAGAAACAAAAAAACACAAAAACACAAAAAUACAAAAAAAAACACAAACAAACCAGUUCUGUGCUAUUCUUGAGAAUUUAGCAUAUUAUCUGCAAAUUUGUUACCAACUGUGCAUUUUAAAAUAGGUUUCCUUAGUUUUAUAGUAUCGUGUCUGGGGCAGUUGUUAGUUGCCAUCAGUUGUCUUGCUUUUCAGGAUUCUACGAGCUUACUUCAAAUAGUUCUCACUACAAAUAUUGACAAAAUUAAUGAGUAAGGUUAAUAGUGAUAUCUCGUCCACAUCAGUAUCCUGUCCUGUCAUCGUUCGACUACUAUAAGAUGAUCCAGUAGAGCAGUGAACAUCACGGUAAGGUCAGCUAUCAGAGCCACACUGGAAAAUGCUUUCUUUGGUCUCCAAUGGGUUCACAGUCUGCAACUACAGAUGAUAUGCCACUGUGUUUGCUUGUGCAAACCUGGGUUCACCAGCUUGUUAACUUCGAAGUCAAAAUUGGUCAAAGGAACGGAAGACUUGGUAAUGGGAGACAUCUGAAGAUUUGUAGGAGCUCUCAAUUUGCAAAGUGACAUCCCGAAACACAUUACCUUCUUGGCCUGCCUGCAUAUGUAUGUCUUUCGUGCUCCAUCUCUUAGAAUUACUGUGUUAAUCAGUAAGAUGACCAAGAAGGUAAACAUAGACAUAUUUCGUGAACUUCCAGUGGCAAAUGUUUUGGUGCAGCUUCCAAAAUGAUACUACAGUUAAAGUUGUAACAGUAGUCCCUUUAUUAAGUACUAAUUUCAGGGCUUUAUAUGUUUGUUCCAAGAUAAACAAACAACUUGGCAUUCUUAGAGGGUGUGUGUGCGUGCGCGCCCGUGUGUGUGUGUGUGUGUGUGUGUGUGUGUGUGUGUGUAUUUGAGUAUAUAUGCAUACAUAUAAAUAAUUUGGAGAUUUUUUUUUAAAUAGCAAAAGAAAUUGUCUCCAUAUGUAUGUGCUGGUGCUCUUAAAACUUUAAUGUGUAAUUUUAAUUUUCAUGACAAUGUCUGUGAAAACUUUAUAUGAAUAUUAAAAAAAUACAAAUACUUGCUUUCUGAUCUUGAGAGAAAAGACAUGAAGAUGUGUGCCCAAUAGCGUGUUUUCAUCUACAGUUUUACAAGGACUUUUCAUAUGCCGUUACCAUGUUUGCAGGCAUUCAUGGAUUAAAGGGCUCCCAAUGCAUACUGACAGGAUAAAGAUGCAAAGGCUUCAAAGAAAGUGUUUUAGUUUAUCCUGUCAAUAAAGUAUGGAUUGAGGAAUCUUAAGUAGACACUUAUGGAAGGAACCGGAAGCUCUAUCCAUGAUCUGGUGAUAAUAGGUCAUUGGCAUGAUGCCUUUUAUUCAGUGUGUUGAGGCUUUGAAGAUGUUUCAAGGUUUCUGCAGUUGUCAAUGGCAAGAGGACCUACCGCCAUCUUAAAGCUUGCUGUAGCAUAUUGGCUAUCUCAUACUCUUCUGCUGAAAGGUAUAAAUGUUUCACUUUUUUUACAGAGUAAUUUAAAUGUGUGUGGUUAUUUGGAGGUUUUAAUUGUAAGUGAAUGACAGUAACAAAUCCUUGGUUAAGGCUGAUCUAUUUUCCUUAACUGAAGUCAUUGUGCCUACAUUAUACAGUGUAUACUAUUUUGCACUUGCCUCUCAUUAGUUCUACUUGUACAUUUUAUGAUAAUGUAGUUAGGCAUAAGUUUUGAGUUGAGUGCAACAGCAGUUAAAAUACUGUAUCUACAUUUUGUUGGCUUCAACUAUAACCUUGAUGUUAGUUUAACCCCUUGAGGAGCAAAAUAUAUGUCAGUACAGCAUCUUCAGUAAAAUUUGAUUCAGAUCUAGAAAAUCCAAGAAGUGCUCACUUCUAAUGUGGUCUGACACAUCAUGGGCUUCUUGGCAUUGUAUCAUAUGCUUGGACUCGGUUAGAAUGGUUGCAAAGGAGAUUAGAUCAUAUGAAAUUAGUGGAGGGGUUGAGAUAAUAUAUUAUGUCUGUGUAAUAUAAAUCAAGUUUUAAAUUAUUUUUUUAUGAAAUCAAUAAAGAUGAUUCAAUUCUUGAAAAGUAAAUCUUUGUGUAGUUUUAUGAGAAAGCAGCUAUUAAAAUACAGUGAGUCAAGUCUAUAAGGCAAUUUAUAUUCUACAUUUAGUUUUCCAUUCUAAAAAGUAAACUGAAUAAAUAUAUUAAUUAGAAGAUCAUUUAAGACCAGCUUUUUUUUGUUGUUGCUUUUUAAAAACUUUUCGUUUCUUUAAGCCAUAAGGAUGUAUCAGUUACACAGGGCAUGGCCUCAUGAGUAAUGUCAACGGGUAUUGCAGAAAUAACAGAACCCAUCUAGAAAUGUAUGGCAGUAAUAUUAAUCUAUGAUAUCUUUUGCAUGAUUUGUACUUUGACAUUGUAUGAAAUGAGCACAGUGAGUUUUUUUUUUUUUUGUUAUUGUCGCAUCCAAAGAGCUGGGGAGAAAAUAUAUUAAGAAUGUAUUUAUAAUCACUAUUUUGAAAUAAAGUAAAGAAAAUACAUUGUACUGUUUUUACCCUGAUUUGAUUAUUAGCAUUUUAGGUUAGUUUAUAAGAUAAAAAUCAAGCAAUGCUAUAAAAGGUGAUGUAAAUCACAGAAAGAAACUGUUUUGAUGAGUUUCGUUUGCUUUUCAUAACAUCAAGGUAUUAGAAUUUAUUAAAUGCCAUUUUUAUGGAAGUAUUAAUAAAAUUGUUUGCUAUGAUGGUAUCUCUGAAGCCACAGUUUGUGAAAUAUAUUUAUCUUUCCAUUAUCUUUCAGAAGAAAUAAAGUGGGAAGCAAAUUGAUCUUUUCACCUAGAUUUGAGGGUAAGAUACAGAGCUUUAGAAAACUGUUUGUAUUAAACUAAUUGCUAUGUUAAGAGAUGCUUCUCCCCGCCAAACAUCUUUGCAAUCUGUAUUCCUUUCCCCUGGCAGUCCAUUCCCAUUAAUCAAUAUGCUUACAAAAACUUCAGAACCUCUAUAAUCCAUGGCCAGCCUGGCAGGUUACAAGUUAGUUGCCCAUUUAUGGGGUGGAUUAUGAUUUUUUAUUUGGUUCUUUCAAAGAUGAUCAAAAUCACCAAUUUAUCACUUUACCAGAGUUUUAUGGUCGAGAAAAAAUGACCUGAGUGCAUUACGGUUAAUUUGAAGCCAAUCAUGUACAGCAAAAAUUAAAAACAGACCAAUAAAGUGAAUUAAAGGCAUGUUUCCUUAUGGUAAGAGAUGCAAAGAGAGAGGGAAAUGGAGAAUAUACAUUAAGGGUUUUGUGGUCUUAAGUCUAUCCCUAGCUAUGCUGAAGGAAUGGACAGCAUGGAUAGCACGUACAAGUGCUUUUGGACAAAAUGUUUUAUGUAUCACGGGAUAUACAUUCAUGUUUUAGUUCUUUGUGAGUUACUGAGCAUAGAGCUUUGAGUCCCAGCCACUUAGUUAUGUGGACAAGUGGUAUCAGAUGAAGGUUUGGCUUCAUUGCCAGUGCUCAUUCAAUUAGUCACUAUGGUCAGAUGGGUUGAACUAAAAUAUCCCGUUUGUGGCUUCACUUACCAGGAAUAACUGUCAACAAAUGUCAAAUUCACUCGAUAAUUGCUAAGCCUCAAUUCUGGAUAUGCUGAGGCUCUGUUUUUUGUUAAAUUAAAAGCAACUGAGAGGUUAAAUGAAUUUGAAUACCUUAUUUUGGACAAAAGUGCCCUUAAUCUAAUUUUGAAUUUUGUUUUGUCUUAGUUUCCAUUGGUUGUGAAGAUUGUACUUUAUAUGCAAACAUAUAAAAAGAUUCACGUUUUUCAUUAAAUCAUAAUAAUUAUCAGAUCCAUUGACUGUAGAACUGAGAUCCAAGAAAGAAUUACUCAGCCCUCCACCUUAGUUUGCUUUUGUAGACACCGGCUAAAUAGAAAUUCUAGUGGUCUCAAUAAUAUAUCAGAAAUGAGAAAUCGCUUGUUUAACUUUAAAAGCUCAUGUAAGGUCCUCAGAGAAAUUAUAUGAUUAUGUCACGAAGAAAUACAAAAUAUCUCUUGUUUGGCAAUACUAGAUCGUGUCCUAGGCUGCUGGUUAACAGCCCGAGGAAGGUAUGCUGUGCAGCAGAUACUGCUCAUGGAAGCCUUUGAAAAUCAUAGUAAGCUCAGUUCUCCCGACUAAGAAUUGCAAUGUAUAUUUCCAUUAUUGUUUCAUGUAAACUGAAUCAUUGUGGUAAAAUUCUGGAGUUGCUAUUCAGUUAUUUUAAUGCUGUUUUCACUAAUAAAAGUCUUUUCUUAAUAGGUCA